UGUAAACAGACGGUGUUCACAGACUGAGCUCAGCUCGGGGUGGAUCCGACCAGAACCCGGACAGGCUGCCAAAAAUCGCCAUGCGCUGAGUAAGCAUCAUCCGACAAGAAGGAGGGACCACUACCACUGUACUUUCUUCAAAGUCAGAUAACAAGGUCCUGUCCUGUUCACAAUGGCUACCCUCGAGGACGGUGACAUGAGCACCUUUGGCCCGGAGCUGCCGGCCAUGUUUGAUGGCGUGAAGUUGGCAGCUGUGGCAACUGUCCUCUAUAUUAUCGUCCGCUAUCUGAACCUGAAGAGUACCACAUCCCCGCCAGAGAUCAUCUACCAAGAUACACCACUCAGCCGGUUCCUGCUCAAAUCCUGCCCGCUGCUGACCAAAGAAUACAUUCCUCCCUUGUUGUGGGGCAAGAGUGGACAUCUCCAGACGGCCCUGUAUGGCAAGAUGGGACGUGUCAACACUCCAUCACCCUGCGGGGUCCGCAAGUUCCUCACCAUGCAGGAUGGGGCCACAGCAAGCUUUGACCUCUUUGAAGCUCGUGGAGAACACAGCACAGGAGAUGACAUUACCAUGGUAAUCUGCCCUGGGAUCGGUAACCAUAGCGAGAAGAACUACAUUCGGACCUUUGUGGAUCACUCCCAGCGGCAGGGUUACCGCUGCGCCGUCCUCAACCACCUGGGAGCCCUGCCCAACAUGGAGCUCACCUCGCCACGCAUGUUCACCUACGGUUGUACCUGGGAGUAUGCAGCCAUGGUGGGCUCCAUCAAACAAACUUUUCCUCAGACUCUGCUGGUGGUUAUCGGCUUCAGUCUUGGGGGGAACAUCGUUUGUAAGUUCCUGGGUGAGAGCCGUUCCAAUCAGGAACGAGUGCUCUGCUGUGUCACCGUCUGUCAGGGUUACAGCGCCCUCAGGGCCCAUGAAACAUUCCUCCAGUGGGAUCAGUGCCGGAGGCUCUACAACUUUGCGUUGGCGUACAAUAUGAAGAAGCUCAUCCUGUCACACAGGAGCACUUUGCUCAACUUGAACUCCACUAACAUUGGUGACGCAGACCUGGGCAGACUGUAUGCAGCCACAUCUCUGAUGCAGAUCGACGACAGCAUCAUGAGGAAAUUUCACGGCCACAGCUCGUUAAAAGAGUACUACGAGAAGGAGAGCUGUGUGCACUACAUCAAGAACGUCACUGUGCCUCUCCUCCUGGUUAACUCCUUAGAUGACCCACUCGUUCAUCAGUCACUACUGGAUAUUCCACGCACGCUCGCAGAAAAGAUGCCCAAUUUGAUUUUUGCCCUGACCCAACAUGGAGGCCACCUGGGCUUCUUUGAGGGAGCCGUACUGUUCCCUCAGCCCCUCACCUGGAUGGACAAGGUCAUAGUCGAGUAUACCGACGCCAUCUGCCACUGGGAGAAGAACCGGCCAGCCUGCCAGAGGAGCAGCCAGCAGGACAUGAACUCCUGCCUGCAGAGCACAGAGGGGACACUCAGUGGGUAACAUACUGUACAUGGUAGUCUGGUGACAAAAUUACCAAAAAUACAAAAACAAACACACUCUUCUGCCUUUGCUCUGCUAAUGGCCUUGCAGUAUAUAAAUGAUUUUGGGGGAAUGUAGGAAAUCACUAAAUGGGUUAGAAAAAGUUGAGUGGAAGUAGGUACACCAAGUUGUAAACUGAAACUCGCAGAAGAUACCUGAAAAUGUAAUAUGAGCCCAUGGUGAACUGGUCCUUCCUCUUGUUCCCAGUUAACCUCCAGUGUAACAUGAGUUCACCCUCUGCUGGUUUUUGGCAGCUGGUGCUUCUUGAGUCUGGAAAGCACAGUGAUAUAAUUAGUGGGGGAACAUACUGCUGUCUGAGAAUAAAUUUGUGACCUUUGACUUGCAUUUAGAAAGAAGAACAAGAUGUAUUUUUCUACAUGAAUUACAGUUGACAACUUUUGAAUAUGCUCAAAUAUUCAUAAGUGAGUGCACAGGCUUAUGAGGCAGCUAGAUUAGAUUAGAUUAGACUAGAAAUGUAUGUUAUUGUGAAGGACACAGUCUAAAGCCUAAACCCUUAACUAGGGCUGGGCAAUAUGGUGAAAAUCAAAUAUCACAUUUUUGUUUUUUACCAAAUACCUCGAUAUUGCAGGAUUUAUUGGUUUUCUAGCAUUAAGUCUAGUAAAUUCAUAAAAUUACAUCACUUUACUGUAAUGUAGCACUUAAAAACCGGAAAAAGACAACACACUAGACAACACAGAAUAUUAUGAUAUCCAAACUUUAAGAUGAUUUUAGGUCUCACCACAAUAUCACAAUAUUGACAAAAUAUCGAUGUACAGCCUAGCCCUAACCCUUAACCAGAAAAACUUUGAUAAAUGCCUGAAGACCCACAUCAGUUAUACAGUUAUAUUUUGAGACAUUUUAUUUUAUAUUUAAAAAAAGCCAUUAAGAUUUUAAUUUGUUAAGUUUGUUAUUAGAUUUAAUGCCUUAAUAUGAAUGUAGUUCUGCAGCAGUUUUGGUUUCUGGCUUCUCAUGAAUCAUUGAGCUACCUCUUGAAGCGGCAGUAUGACGUGAUUUAUGGUUUACAGUGGUGAUCUACAGCUGUUGCUUAACAAACACGUCUACUGUGUUUAAACUGUACAUUUACUUUCCUUAAUGUUGAUAUACAGCAGUAACAUCAUCUUGUUUGUUUCCAUUAAAAGAAGUUUGCAGUUUUAUUGCAGGAAAAACGCAACGUCUUAAUAACAGCCAGUUUGGUUUAUUUAUGUAAAUACUGAGGCAUAAUUUUGCUCAAUUUGACUUUAAAUGAAUUUGAUUUGAAGUUUUUUUUAUUUUAUAUUUCUAUUGUGUGCAGUGGACCAUCAGCAUGCAUUGUUGCUGCUGACAUUCAAUAAAAGAAUCAGGGUGUCAGGUUUUAAAGAGAUUAUAAAGAGGUUGUAGAGAGCUAUAAAAACACGGACCGAUUUUUUUUCUUACAGUCCUUUCUGUGUUGUUGAAUGGAAAUAAGGUCUCUUCAUGCAAACUAGUGUUAACAUUGUACUGCGUCAGGUCAGCUUGUCCCAUUCCAUGAACUGCUGCAGUAGCAUGAGGAUGGGAGUCAGACGAUACAGUUUUACUAAAUGCUGCUGUCAACUUCGAUUAUUACCAUCAGAAAAGGUCCUUUUAGAAUUUAGGACACAAAUAUUGAAAAAAUUGACAUGACUGUUGAGGACACAGCCGGGUCAAACUGUGUUAACAGAAACUUUGAACAGGGAAGAGAGAAGAGAAUGCAUGUGGAACAGUGAGUGUGUGUAAUAGCUAAUCCAAUUGUGGAUUCUCAGUCUAUCUACACCGCUUACCAAACCAAUGGACCAAAGCACUCUUCACUUUUCAAUAAAAAGUAGCUCAACUGUGUUUUUUAGUGAUUCUGGGGCAUUUUGGCACCAUUUGAGUCCCUAAAAUAGGUACAUGGCCUUGGCUUUAAUACAAUGGAGGUCUCAUAUCAGACAUAACUUUGAACAAGGGCUAAUUGAUACGUUUCAUAAGUGACCCCAUUUUUUAAGGGGGGGGGGGGGUUGGCUUUAAGCUGCUUAUUAUUGCUCCAUACCAGCAGGGUGGUUUGUCAGGAAAAACAAACAAGUAAAUGCAGUGAAGAGAAGAGAACAGACUGAAAUCUUUGUAACAAUAAACAGUUCACCCCCAAAUCAAACAUACAUAUUUUUCCUUUUACCUGUAGUGCUGUUUAGCAGUCGAUAUUGUUUGAGUGUGAGUUGCUGAGUGUUGGAGAUAUCAGGUGUAGAGAUGUCUGCCUCCUCUGUAAUGUAAUGGAACUGGAUGGCACUCUGUUUGUGGUGCUCAAAGUGCCAAUAGAAAUCAUUUGAAAAAAUCAACAGCAUUGUCUUUUUCCAGAAAUCAUGAU